AUGGAAUACAUACGCCUAUGCCUGUUUCGAAGGUUGAAAUUUCUUAUUCCUUAUUCCUUCUAUUGUGAUUGCACCCUAACCUUGACGUUACCCCCACUCUUCUCUAUUAUUGCAACGCGCGCUAUUUUCAUAACCGCUUUCAGCCUAACUUUCGUGAUCUGUCGCUGUGGAAUAUUCCUCGGAAUACAUCGUUACUCGUUUUCGUCCAGCAUUUUCUUAUUCGUGAUCGUUAUCUUCGUACAAAUUCUGAAAAAUAAAAAAAAAACUUGUUCCGAGAACCGACUCGUACGGAGACGUCUUCGUAUACUCAUCUCGUUUCAUAACCUCACGCAUCAGUCGAAACAACUGUGUAAAUAUCCUCGACAAAUAUCCUUGGAGUACUAUCUUUUUCGUUGUUGCAGUUCCAAUAUAGAUCUAUCUGACGAAUCGGAGGAUGAAUUGGCACGAAUUCGCGCACGAGCAAGGUUUCCAGAUACAACCAGAUUAGAGAAAAAUGACAUAUCCGUCGUCACCAAAAAUACCUCUGGGGUCACUGACGAGAAGAACAUGUCUAUCAUACCAUUGAUAGAGAAAAGGACCCUGAAACCAAACGGUUUUAGCAUUAACGAAAAAUGUAGGAUAGGAAACAGUCUUUUGCCGAAUAAGCCAAAAGUCAUACGGGACUUUGGGUCGAAAGUAUUCUGUGGUUUAUAUUCCAAGGAUGGAGAGUUCUUCAUCGCCUCCACUCAAGAUAAAUGGAUGUACAUAUAUAAGAUGGUCAAUGGUAAUUAUGUGAUAUACAAUCGGAUGUUGGCGCAUGAUGUUGGAUGGAGUGUUCUAGACAUAGCGUUCAGUCCUGACGGACAACAUUUCGCAUAUUCGAGCUGGGCAGACUGCUUAUAUCAGUGCCAUAUAUCUGAUCGUUCAAUAGACACAUUAGCUUUACAUCCAGGCGUACGGCGAUUUUGCGUCUUUUCCUUGGUCUUUUCAAACAACGGUCACGAAAUUCUUGGCGGCGCUAAUGAUCGAUGCAUCUACAUGUACGAUGUUCAUUGUCAACGAUUCGAUCGGUUUACAGGUCACGACGAAGACGUAAACUGUGUUGCGUAUGCAGACAACAGUUCACAGAUCUUCUAUAGCGCUGGUGAUGAUGGAUUUUGCAAGGUAUGGGAUAGGAGAUUGAUAAACAUGUCUAAUCCGUCUCCAGUUGGAAUAUUAGCCGGUCAUAGAGACGGAAUCACAUACAUCGAUUCACGCGGCGACACACGAUAUCUUAUUACCAAUUCUAAAGACCAAAGCAUCAAGUUAUGGGAUACGCGCGUGUUCUCUUCUCGUAAAGCCCAGCAAAAUGCUCGCCACCUUGUAGAACGUAAGGAUUGGGACUAUCGAUGGCAGCCUGUACCUCAACGAUUAUGGGACCGAGGUUUCUUGGAUGGUGAUACCAGUGUUAUGACAUAUUAUGGUCAUUCAGUUCGUAAGACUUUGAUACGUUGUCGAUUUUCGCCACCGGACAAUACUGGUCAAAGAUACAUUUAUACGGGGGAUUCGACUGGCCGGCUCAUCAUAUACGAUCUUUUAACUGGAAAAAUAGUACGCAAGGUAAAAGGUCAUUUAGGCUGCAUACGUGAUGUUAGCUGGCAUCCCUUUGAUCACAACCUCAUUACCUCAUCUUGGGAUGGUAAAAUAUCUAAAUGGGAAUAUAGUGAAAGCUAUGAUGCGAACGAAUAUGAGCCACCUUUGCUUCGACGGAGUGAGAGAAUAGCUGCAAGAAGAAGGACGCACGUUUCAUGAGGUGUCCAUUUUUUACGCGAUUCUCUCUCAGAAACGUAAAUAGACAUUAUACAAGACUGAAUAAUCAACGUGAUUUUUCUAUUCGUCUCUGUCGUUGUGUUCGCAUAUUUCGUGGAAUUCUCGCUGCGAUUGUUUUCUUCGCGAGAAUUCGAUCUGUUUCGAACUGUUCUGACAUAAAUAAUCGAUUCAUGCGACACAGAGAGCUCUUCCUCCCUUCUUCACGUUGUAAGUAUUUUAUAUAUCGCGAGUUAAACGAUCGCCAUCAAGUUUUAUGGAAAUUUUGAAAGUUAUAUAUCUCUCAUUAAAUGUAACUUUUAUUGAUAAUUGCGAUUAUUUUUACAAGGAAACUCACCUCAAAAUAUCUCCUC